CCAGUCUGAGCAACCUGACGUUCUCUUCUCUUCUCCCACUAUAUUGGCCAGCGCAGACCGCCUCCGCUGCCGGUUCUGACGGCUCCGGCAGCCCCCCUGCGACACUAGCAAUAUCCACGGGUUCCUCUCGACCUCCUCCACGAAUCCCUGCACUCGGUUGCUCCACCGCGAGCACUCCACGCAUAUCGACGCCACCACCAAGCCCUAGUCGUCGCCGACCUCGCCGGCGGGGGCUCCCGCAGCUGCUCGUCUUCUCCGUCUCCCUCAACCUUCGCGUUCCUCGCACGAAGACAUUAGAUUCUAGGAGCGCCGAAUCGCGCGGCCAUGGCCGAGAAGCUGGCUCCCGAGAAGCGCCAUGCCUUCGUCCACAACGGGCAGAAGGUCUUCGAAUGGGACCAGACGCUGGAGGAGGUGAACAUGUACAUUGAGCUCCCCAAGAACGUGCCCACCAAGCUGAUUAACUGCGUGAUCAAGGCCGGCCACGUCGAGGUUGGCAUCCGCGGCAACCCGCCCUACCUCAACCAUGACCUUAUGCUCCCCGUGAAGACAGAUUCGUCUUUCUGGACAAUAGAGGACGGUGAGUUGCAUAUAACUCUGCAAAAAAGGGAAAAGGGGAAAACGUGGGCAUCUCCAAUACAAGGUCAAGGUAGCUUAGAUCCAUAUGCUGCAGACGAGGAACAAAAACGUCUUAUGUUGCAAAGGUUUCAAGAGGAGAAUCCAGGGUUUGACUUCUCGCAGGCUCAGUUCAGUGGUACCUGCCCUGACCCAAGGACCUUCAUGGGUGGAAUUCACACCGACUGAAGAAGCCUGGCUCAAGAACAUAAAUCUUGCUGGAUGCUGUCGUUGUUAUUGUCAAUGCAUCUUGACAAAUUCGACAUUGUAUCUAUUACAUAUUUGAACUGUGAAGCAUCACUGUCUAGAUGAUUCAGUGUUUACCCUGGAAAUAAUUGUAAUGUAUGACCUUGACCUUCCUGUCGAUCAUGCCAAGGUGGAAAUUAGUGGCUGAAUCUGCUUUAUCCACUAAACCUAGUAAUCGCCCCUCAUGAUCCAGGAUGAUGGCAACCUGUGGCAGAUGUACUAACUACGGUUGUUAUCAUGCAGUAGUUGUGAAACUUCAAAUGUAGCGUCACAAUUGUUUAUAUGUUGUGUCUGGGUAAAACGUUCUGGAUAUAUAUUUCAUUGUAGUGUUUCGUCA